GUUUAAAGAGUGUCCGGGUGCGGAGACAGGCACAUAUCCACCCCCUCCAGGAAUACCCGUAUUUCAAAAAAUAAUAAGAAUAACCCAAUAAAGAAAAUUAAAAGAUGGCCGAAGGUGAGGAUAUCCAGCCUCUUGUCUGUGACAAUGGAACCGGAAUGGUCAAGGCUGGAUUUGCUGGAGAUGAUGCUCCACGAGCUGUCUUCCCUAGCAUUGUUGGACGCCCCCGUCACACUGGGGUGAUGGUUGGUAUGGGUCAGAAGGAUGCUUACGUUGGAGAUGAGGCCCAAUCAAAGAGAGGUAUUUUGACUCUGAAGUACCCUAUUGAGCACGGGAUCGUCAGCAAUUGGGAUGACAUGGAGAAAAUAUGGCAUCACACCUUUUACAAUGAACUUCGUGUGGCUCCAGAGGAGCACCCAGUACUCCUCACAGAAGCUCCUCUUAACCCUAAGGCUAAUCGUGAGAAAAUGACGCAAAUCAUGUUUGAAACAUUCAAUGCCCCGGCCAUGUACGUUGCCAUUCAGGCAGUCCUUUCCCUCUAUGCCAGUGGUCGUACUACCGGAAUCGUUCUGGAUUCUGGAGAUGGUGUCAGCCACACGGUUCCCAUAUAUGAAGGGUAUGCCCUUCCACAUGCAAUCUUGCGUCUUGAUUUAGCAGGGCGUGAUCUCACUGACCAUCUCAUGAAGAUACUGACUGAGAGAGGAUACUCUUUCACCACUACCGCUGAACGAGAAAUCGUGAGGGAUGUGAAAGAGAAACUGGCCUACAUUGCUCUUGACUAUGAACAGGAGCUAGAAACCUCAAAGACUAGCUCAUCUGUGGAGAAGAGCUACGAGCUGCCUGAUGGGCAGGUGAUCACUAUUGGGGCAGAGCGGUUCCGCUGCCCGGAGGUUCUGUUCCAGCCGUCAAUUAUCGGGAUGGAAGCCGCCGGAAUUCACGAGACUACGUACAACUCCAUCAUGAAGUGCGACGUUGAUAUUAGGAAGGACCUAUACGGUAAUAUUGUUCUGAGUGGUGGGACCACCAUGUUUCCAGGUAUUGCUGACAGGAUGAGCAAAGAGAUCACAGCAUUGGCUCCGAGUAGUAUGAAGAUCAAGGUUGUUGCCCCGCCUGAGAGGAAGUACAGUGUUUGGAUUGGAGGUUCUAUUUUGGCCUCCCUCAGUACAUUCCAGCAGAUGUGGAUAUCAAAGACGGAGUAUGAUGAAUCUGGCCCUUCAAUUGUUCACAGAAAAUGCUUUUAAAUUUCAGCCAGCAUUCUGGAUGGGUAGAAGACCACUGGAGAUGUGUCGUGGAAACAUUUUAUUGUCAAGUGAUUGCAAUAACUCUGCUUCUCCAUUUUUUUUCUUUGUUGUUUCUCCUUUUUUAACUUGUUAUUUUGUUUCCGUGUCCUUAUUAUUUACUAUUAUAUAUUUUUCCUUGUUUUUGAGAUCUUCAUCAAGUCAAUAUUUGAUAAGGCGGACAUGGGAGCAAGUUUGUUCAUCCCAAAGAUUCAUUGUUGUUAUUAUCGUUAGUAUUGUUAUUAUUUAAAUACUUUAUAUUGGUAUUACCAUGUAAGGCUGUAAGCAUUUCAAAUUAUGUACUAAUACUAUUUGUGAUUUGGGAUGUCAUUUUUAGCAAGUCAACAAGGUUGAUUGGUUAAUUCAUAUAAUUCAGUAGCAGUGCAAUUUUUAGUUCGGCGUACAUUUUCCCAUUCUUUAUGUUCUCUUUCUUCGCAUUCUAUCAACAAUUUUUCAACUAUUUAGUUUUUGGUAUAUACUUUUUGUACACAUUUUUGUAUACGCC